CACCGUGCACUUUGAAAAGUGCGGAGAAAUUACAAAAGUUUUCAAGCCAAGCGUCCAUACAAAGUGCUAUCAGUACUUUUCCAUUUGUGCGUGUGUGUGUGUGUGUGAGCGCACACGUGUGCGUGGUUAUUGUGUUUCGUUCAUACAAAUGUAACAAGCAAAUAAAUAAAUGUAGGUAUUUUAAAAAUAUUUCCUAUGCAAACUUAAGUGAUCCUCUGAUCAGCACACGAACGGUACAGGAUUUCUAACAAAGAUACAUACAUAUUUACGUAUAUAUUGAAGUGUUUAAGUUAAACAGAAAGCACCGUAGGGUGGAUGGUAAAAACGUUUAUAGUGAAAUAAAAAAAAAAUUAAAAAAAAAAAACAACAAGAGAAAAAGCAUAGUUUGUGUAACGGAUAUCAAGUGAUUGGAAAUAAUUUUCUCCUUUAGCAAAGUGCAAUGGCUUAUAUAACCAAAUAUAUAUAUCAGCUUCUGCAGGAAGUCUUCGAAGAGCACAAGGAUCCUCGCGUGCAACAUUUACCGCUUGUUGGCUCUCCACUGCCCAUGGCCAUUGCUAUUGUUUCAUAUUUAGCCUUCGUUUUGCAUUAUGGUCCCAAAUGGAUGGAAAAUCGAAAACCAUUUAAUUUGAAAUAUGUAAUGCGUGUAUAUAAUGCUAUACAAGUGAUUGCCAAUUUCAUUAUAUUUGUAUAUGGUGUACCAAACUCUUAUAUGCGCAAAGAGUUCAGCUUAACAUGUCAACCGAUUGACCACACCAACACAGCGCCAUGGAUGUGGAAUUUAAUUUAUCUCUCCUAUGGUUAUUACAUCACCAAGUAUUUAGAUUUACUUGAUACGGUUUUCUUUGUGCUGCGCAAGAAAAACAAUCAAAUCACUUUUCUGCAUGUUUACCAUCAUGCCGGAAUGGUUUUCGGUGUUUACGCAUUCAUGACUUUCUUGGCAGGCAGUCACAGCACUAUGUUGGGCGUCAUCAAUCUCUUUAUACACACCGUUAUGUACUCCUAUUAUUUUGUAACAUCUGUGUGGCCAGUAAAGCGGGCUGUCUGGUGGAAGCGUCAUAUUACGCAACUGCAGCUGCUACAGUUCGGUUAUUUGUUCAUACACUUUCUAAUGGCAAUUGUACGCAAUCACUGUCAGCAUCCGGUGAUAGUAUCCUUUGUCGGAGUGACACAGAAUCUAUUUAUGUUUGCCCUCUUCUUCGAUUUCUACUACAAGGAGUACAUAAGGAAACCAAAAUUGUUGGCUAAAGAGCAGCGAAGGCAGAGCAAGCAGCAACAGCAGCAGCAGCAGCAACAGGAGCAACAGCAACAGCUGCUUUGCAAUCAACAGACACCAGCAACGGAAUGCUCCACAACGCAAUGUGCACAGAGGGUCAAUUUGCAAACACAAUCAACCUCCGAAGAGUUUGAUCAAUUUGAGAAGAAGCUGCAACAGACAUGUCAUCAGCAUACACAACCAACCGAACAAUUGAAUUCCAACUACAGUUCAGUCAGAAGGAGCCAAGUUCACACUAUGCCUGUGUCCAGUUUGCUUAAAGCGAAGUGCAGUUAAAUUUAAAGAAUCUUGCUUCAUUUAAUUUCUUCUUUUUCAUUUUAAAUCAAUUAAUUUUGCUUUAUUUUUAAAACAAGAAACACUCAUUUAGUUCUUUAGUAUAAUGUAUUUUGUAUGCAAAAAUAGUUAUUUUCAGCGAUUAAGUAUUAAAAAAGUCGAAUUGAAAUUAAAUGUGGAGUGAAUUUUA